UUCUUCUUCUUCUUCCUUUUCUUUUUCUUUUUCUUUUCUUUUUUUUUCUUCCUCUUUUAUAUCUCACUCUCCAUUCCUUUAUACAUUAUAUAUAAACCACCUCAUUUUAUUUUAUUUAGUUUCUCAUCUUUAUCUUUGUUUACUAUACAUUCAAUAAUACUAUGGUAGAUAAAAGUCGGAUGACCCUUCAAAAAUUGGCACGUUGGCAUCCUUCUCAGUCCAAUACAGUACAAGAUCGUAAAGGCUCAGCGGCUCUUUGGGAAGGAACUUUACAACCUCUUGACCAUGAAGACUUGAAGCAAGGGGCUUUAUAUAUUAUCAAAAUCCAUCAUGUCUCUGUUGGAUUAUUUCAAGGUUGGAACGAUGAUAUGUGCUGCUUUGCCGUUCUUCGAUCUGACAAUAUACCAAUGCGAUGGUCACAAGCUCGUUAUCUUCCUGGUGAUUUUGAUGCUUAUGAUGCAUUUGAUGAAGCUGGCAAUCCUCCUGUGCAUCUAUGGACACGAUAUUUACGCGUUGAAGUACCGAUCAAUUGGUUUUCUAUCUUUGAAGAAGCUAGACGCAAACAAAGAGAAUGGACUACUCAUGUACUUGGACAUCAACAUCAUCAUCAUCAUCAUAUUCCACCAACAACACUUCAUGAUCCUCCUAUGACCACGUCUACUGCACCUAUCACUGGAAUGAUGGAAGGCGGUGAUGGAACUGGUGGGUUUCCUUCAGUGACAACAAUGCAUCAGCAACAACAACAACAACAACAGCGACAACAGCAGCAUCAACAACAGUAACGGCGGCUAAUUCUCCACCUCAAUCACCAACCCCAUCUAUUACAUCUCACAAUCCUCAAGCGACUCUUACGGAGGAAACACAAUCUUCUUUAAACCGAGCCAACAUUAAUUCUGUACAACCUGCCACAAUAGCGCCCAAUGAUGAACUUGACAAAAACAAAAACAACAACAACGUUACAAACCAAUCACAACAA